AAACCACCUCUACUAGGGCAGCCAUUUUUUUCACGCUUUGUAAAAAGUUUUUUAAAAGCCGUGGAAUCCGCAGAAAAGUUAACAAAAUAGCGCUUGGCCAGUCUUAAAAGCUUGUGUGGACGGACCAAAGUAUGCAAAACUAAAGUUUGAGUGUGCGCGCCGUGAGUGAACCAAACAAUUGAACAUGGAAACAGUGGUUGCCUUCAACAAUGAGCUCUCCGGACUCUAUGACAGCCGGCCGCCCAUUUCCAAGGCUAAGAUGGCCGCCAUCACCAAGUCGGCGAUGCGCGCCAUCAAGCUGUACAAACACGUCGUCCAGAGCGUGGAAAAGUUCAUCCUCAAGUGCAAGCCGGAGUACAAGGUGCCCGGGCUGUACGUGAUCGACUCGAUAGUGCGCCAGUCGCGGCACCAGUACGGCAUGGACAAGGACCUGUUCGCGCCGCGUUUCCAGCGCAACCUCACGGAGACCUUCGCCAACUUGUUUCGCUGCGCGCCCGAGGACAAGAGCCGCAUCAUCCGGGUGCUGAACCUGUGGCAGAAGAACAACGUCUUUAAGUCGGAGGUCAUCCAGCCGAUCUUCGACCUGGCCGACCCGAACCAUCCCAUUUACCACCAGAUGCCGCCGGUGGGAGGCAACGGUGGACAGGGCGGCAGUGUGGGUCCCGGUCCCAGCAGCAGCGGAGCCCUCAGCCUGGCGGAUAUAUCGAGCGGGAACAAUGGACUUAACAGUUCCAGCAUGGAUUUGAGCAUGAGCAGCGUGGUGGGGGACGAUAAGAUGGGCGGCGCCAUGCCCGAUCUGUCGCUGGGUCAUGAGAAGUUCGGCGGUGGCAGCAGUAGCUCCAAGCGUCACUACUCGGAGCAGCAUUACUCCAAGCGCCAGUCGGGCGCCUCUUGCUCUUCCAAGUCCAGCAAGUCGCAUCAUCACAAGCGGGAGUACGUUAAGAGUUCACACGACCUCGACUAUCAGGUGCGCGAGAUCAUGGAGGAUGAGGAAGACGGCAUGCAGAUGCUCAUGGCCGAUGACCACCACUGCAUGGGCGACGACUCACCGCCCACUUCAUCCAAGCUGUUAGAUAACAACAAUCUCAAGCAGCUGCUGAACGAUCCCAAUGUGCUGCGGCAAUUGCAGACGCUGCAGAACUUUCAAAAGUUCAAGCAUCAGGAGGAUCAGAAGCAUCGCUACCCGGAUGAGGCACUGCAGCAGCAUUUCCAGAACGUAAUGAAGGGAAAUGCUGGCAUGCCCCCAGGCAUGGGAAUGGGCAUGGGCAUGGGCAUCAAUUUAAACGACAGCAUGGACCUCAACAAGGAUGUCGAGUUCAUAUCGGAGCAGCAGACCAUUGAGGUGAUCAACCUGGAUGGUGCCGAUUCGCGCAGUCCGACGCCCGACCGUGAUCGCUACAAGCGCAGCCGCCGGAGCAGUCGCAGCCGCACGAGAUCUCCGCGUGGACGAGGCUCCGCUGGUGCUGGAGGAGGAGGCGCUGGCAACGACCGAAGGCGACGCAGCUCGCGCUCUCGAUCGCGCAGUCGAUCCCCACGUUCCAGCCGUCGUCGGACAUCGCGGGACCGGGAUCGUAUGGAUCGGAGCAACCGGGACAAGGAGCGGGAUCGCGAGCACGAGCGUGAGCGUCGCAAGAAGGGAUUGCCGGACAUCAAGAAGGAGCAUCUCAGUGUGUGCAGCACUACGCUCUGGGUGGGCCACCUGUCCAAACUGGUUUACCAGGAGGAACUGUCCGAUACUUUUGGCGAGUAUGGCGACAUAGUCAGCAUCGAUCAGAUUGUGCCGCGCGGAUGCGCCUUCAUUGUAAUGAAUCGACGCCAGGACGCCCACAAGGCCAUGCAAGCGCUGAAGAACCACAAACUGCAGGGACGCGCCAUCACCAUCUCGUGGGCAGCCGGCAAGGGUGUGAAAAGCAAAGAGUGGAAGGACUUCUGGGACCUCGAGCUGGGCGUCACCUACAUUCCUUGGUCCAAACUGGGUCCGGAGACGGAUUUUGAUGCCCUGGAGGAGGGCGGCAUGUUUGACGAGGACACCAUGCCCAUCCAAAUGAAACAGAAGAUCAACCAAGCCAAGAAUGCCGGCAAGGACAAUAAGGGUCCUCCCAUCGCGGAGACAGCUGGCGGGCCAGGUGUUGGUGUUCCGCCGCCAGGCAUGAUCUUUGGCAUCGACACCACCCAACCGCCGCCGGUUGGGCCAGUCGGUCCGGUGGGUCCUCCUCCCGGUCCGGGAGCACCGCCUCCGGGGCUCAUGGGCUUAGUAAGGGGUCAGUUCCCGAUGGCCCCACCAAUGGGCAUUAACAUGCCGCCGCCGCCCAUGAUGAUGCCGCCAACGAAUAUGCCGCCACCGAUGAUGAUGCCAACGACCAACAUGCCUCCGCCGAUGAUGAUGCCACCGACCAUGAUGCCGCCCGGCUUUCCAGGCAUUGGUGGACCUCCGCAUCCAAUGGGCUUGCCACCGGGAGCACCGUUCCCACCGCCCGGUGCCGUGCCACCGCCCAUUCCCGGCGGCGGCCCGUCUGCUGCUAAUAGUGGGAAUGUGAGCGACGAUCAAAUGGACAUUGAGAUGGACCUGGAGGACGCCCCACCUCCACCGCCGCAACAGCAAGCUGCCUUCAAUCCGUCACCCAACAAUCUUGAGCUAUCGCCGGCGGCCAUGGCCAACGAGAUGUUCCAGCAACGAGACAGAGAACGCGAUCGGGAUAGGGAUCGCUCGCGAGGACCGGGCAGCUCGCGCUGGGGCGGACGAGAUGAUGUGGCCGAAGCGGCGGAUCGUUGGCGUGCCGAGAAUGGCGGUGGGGGAGGCGGACCAGGAGCUGGCCCGCCGCCUGCUGGACCUGGACCAAACGCAGCCUUCAACGAGGCACGAGCGCGACUCAACCUUAAUCCUAUUGACCACGGAAUGCCAAGGCCUGAUUUCAUGGAUUUUGAUAAUCGAGGUGGACCGGGUGGUCCUCGCGGAAUGGGACCGCGUGGCAGUCACAACGGCGGCCCAGGAGGCGACUUUUUCCCGCCCAACAUGAAUCACAAUCGAUUCAAUCAGCCCACGAGCCUGAUGCAAAUGCGCAUCCCGCCACCGGCGUCCUUUAACCAGCGCAUGGGCGGUCCGGCUGGAAACGGUGGCAACGGCGUUGGACCAAUGUUUAUGCGGAACCAAGGAGGCGGCGGUGGUGGACCAGGCGGCGGUGGCCCAGGAGGACGACAGCAGGGACCAGGUUUCUUUAAUCCACGGAACCCCUUCAAUGACAACCAACGCGGACGUGGAGGCCAAGGUGGAGGCGGAGGCCGUGGCAUGGGCGGAGGCGGAGGUCCUGGCGGACGCGGACGUUGGAGCGACGAUGAAGACGAGGGCGGAAACAACUUCAAGCGGCGUGGCGGUCCAGGUGGUCCUGGCGGUAAUCGAUUCCGUGGCGAUCGCGGAGGCGAAAUGAUGGACGAUCGCCGGGGCAACAAUGCACGGGGCGGACGCGGAGGUCCGCGCGAGGAUCGGGAACGUCCGGGCUUUGGAAACAGACGCGGCUCGCGAGACGACAGCAGCCGCCAUUCAAUAAGCUCCACGGACGAAAGCAGCAAGCCAGCUCCCGAGCCUGAGGUUAAACCCAAAAAUGCAGGACCUGCUGGGUUAACUAACGCCACAACAGGAACGCCAGCACUCACGUCCAACAAAGUGGACACCGAAGAGGACUGGGAUCAGGAGCUUCAGGAUUACGAGGCGAGAAUGGAGGCCCAAAAGCCAGGGAAAGAUGCUCCCCAGCCCGAAACUAGACCGCCGCAGGAAGAACUCCCGACGGCGACCGAGAACUUUGUCAAGCCGGCUGAAGUUGCGAGUGAUUCAUCGGUUUCGAAACCUCAAACGGAUGCUUCUGCCGCCUGCACGCCUCUCUAUGACGAGUUGCCACCGCCAGCAGCGAAUCCACCGGCCCAGGAUCAGUCCGCGAGGGAACCUGAAGGUUCUCCGCCCCGCCCGGAGCCGCCGCAAGUCAUUCACACAGAGGCUGCGCCCAAAGAGGAAUCGGUUCCAGCGCCGGCUGCUGAACCCCAAACCGAAACUCCAACUUCGGAGGAACCCAAAACACAAGCUGCUUCCGCCGCUGUCGAAGCCGAAGACGAUGCAUAGGCAUAGGCAUAGGCAUAGGCGACAGACAGAUCAACUAAGAAACAAACGCAUGUUUGAGCAAAUUCAAGAUAAACUGUAAUUUAUGAUUUUCCUUACCAAGUAACUUAAGUGUAACUCCAUACAUGAGAAAAUUGUACCAUUUUUAACCUGAGAUUACGCAGCAUUUGUUGACACGAGUGGGUCGGUCGCUUUUAAAAUCAGAUUGAGUUUAUUUCGCGUAAUUUAACGUAUCAUACAAUAGGAACUAUAACUACCAAGGACUACGUGGAGCAACAGAUACACACAGAUAUAGCAAAUAAUUAGCAAAGGAAACGAAUUGUAUGGACAGGAAAUUGACAGGGGAACUUGUGUGGAAGUAGGAGCCCGAUCAUAAACAAAUCAGCAAUCGCAAAACUUGAAAUGUUUAUUAUUUUGUUAUGUAUUUAGUUUUAAGAGUAUAUUUAACACUCAGAUUGUUUCUAAAUGCGCAGAUUCUAGGUACACGCAUAAUAAUGUACAAUUCAAAUAUACUAUAUUAUCGGAUACUAUAAAAUAAAAAGUGAAAAACAUCA